AUGUCGUCACGCACGCGAUUCGGGAGUAGGCCCCAGCGGCCGUGCGCUGAGCAGUCGGAGGCGCGUCGCGGACUGCCGCUCGCGCGCCUGAUCCACCUGCGACGCCGUCACGCGAAUCACCACGCCGAAAUCGCACUCGCACGCGGUGACAUUUGGCGGCGGGGCGGGUGGUGCGAGGUGAGGGGGGGGGGGGGGGGGGGAGGCAACCGGUCCGGGCGCAGCGGGCGAGCGCUCGAGGCCGAGCUGGCCCUUGCGUCGACGCGUUACAAGCCAAUUUGGGGCGGAAUUCGGCCGAGGGGAUCGCGUCAAAAACCUUUUUAUUGGUGUGCGAUCGAAGGACAGCAACCCCCCCCCCCCCUACCCGCCCGCGGCUUCCCCCGUCCCGAUGGCCCCUCGAAAUAUUUCGAGCGAGCUUUCAUCCGCGCCACACAAAAAUCUGUGAAAGUUGAAACACUUUCGGCCACGGGA